AUGCUUCAUCGGAUUCCAAAACAGGCUGAGAACAAAGAGCAGUAUACCCUGGAGGGGAGAAAGCGUCUCGCGGGGCUGAUGGAACACAAUAUUGGGCUGUACGAUGAGCUCAAGACCGUACAGAAGUUGCGCUGGCAGAAUAUGACGGUCCAUAUCGCUGGCCGACACACAGUACAGUGGUACGAUCUGAAGUACUUCACCAACGCCGGGCUGCCGUACGUAGAGGCUGUCUGCAGGAGGUAUUUAGCGGACAAUACGAAGCCUCUCUGGUGGAUUGCAUCGGCGCUCAGCUCAACGGCGAAGUCCGUCGUCCGCAGCAAGGCCACCACUCGCCUGAACGCUGCCUUCAAGCAAGCGCUGCACAACGCCGGGUACGACACGCAAGGGAAGAGGUUGCCAGACCAAGGGAAACAGCCUCAGUCUGGGACCCAGGCGAUCAAGCAGUUGUUCGGCACUGUGAUUAUCAAAUCCCAUGCGCCGGCUGAGAUUCAGAAGAUGCCGUUCAGGGACUUGCAGAGGCAGGCGCGGCGCCACGUCAACAAGACUUUGGGCGCCCUGGCAGCGGUAAUAGAGGAGGCAGAGGAGGCCUUGCCAACAAGGCGGGAGGAAGCACGCAACGGCGUCCUCAGAGAGACGAGCAUAGUCGACGAAAAGGGAAUAUCCAGAGAUAACACGUGA